UCCCUUGGAACUUCCCACAAACAAAAAUUAUUUCCCUUUUGCCUCAUCUUCUUAAUUACCAUCCUCUUUCUCGCCACUUUCUUAACAGCAUCUCCUCAACAUAUAUAUAGAGUCCUUAGUUGGUUUAUUAGUUAGUUAUACGUAGUUGAAGGGAGAAAUUAAGAUGGGUAGAAGAAGAAGAAGAAGCAACACAUCAUCGACAGUAGUACUGUUGUUGUGUGUGUGGCUUUUGCUGGUUGGGUCUAGCUUGGGGUUGGAAACCGGUUCGGUUAGCGUCACAAGAGCAAGCUUCAUCAGACGGGAUGACGUGGAGGUGGUUGGGAAAGGGAACCAGCAGCUUGUUCAUAAAACCGAUCAGUCCAACCUCAACUACAUGAUGAGCAAGAGGAGAGUUCCAAAUGGUCCAGAUCCCAUUCAUAACAGGAGAGCUGGGAACUCUAAACGGCCACCUGGGCGAGCUUAGAAGCUACAAAUGAUGAAGAGAAACUAGCUAGCUCUAGCUUUUCACGAUCAUCAUCAGAAGCUGGCACGAGGCACAGGCCAAAUUUAGAAAAGGGAGAUCGAGCUCACAGGAAGAGUGUCAUGCAUCUUGUGAAUGCAUGUAAUAUUCUUUAUUUUGAUCCAUGAUCGUUAAUCCGUAACAAGGUGGUUUUAUUUCAUUUAUCAAAGGCAAAAAAAAAAAAAAACAAGAAUCUUUUUAGAUAUCAUAUCAAUAUACAGAAUCUCGAAGAAAAAUCAAACAAACAAAAACCACAAGUUGGAGGAAGAAUAAAAACAUCGAAAAAAA